AUGGCGGUAGAAAGGGAGUUUUCGCCUGACUUUGGAAGAGAACAAGACGAGGCUCAAAAGUUUUGGAUAAAAAAACCAAAAGAAAUCCCUCUUUGGGAUUUAAGUGAAAGAGACGGAGAUGAAACGUCUCAAUUCUAUUUUCUUGUUCAUUUGGCUUUCAUAAUCCUGUUUUCUGCUGCUGUUGGUGCAUACCUAGCUUGCUGGUUCUUGUUUUCAUCUAUGAUGGGUGGUGACACAACUAUUGAGCAGCUUCUGCCAAUAUUCCUUUCCCUUCUGAAGGCUGAAUUUCCUGAUGUGCGCCUUAACAUUGUCAGCAAACUUGAUCAAGUCAAUCAGGUUUGUGGUGAAUUGUGUUUUCUUCGGAGUUUUCUUCAAAACUUUGUUGGGAUUUCAACUUUUGUUCUUGAUCUUGAUGUGUUAUUAGCUCGUUGUUGCUGUCAUUUUGCAACCUGCUGUUUUGUAGCAUUUGAGAAGCCAGAUGGAGUCCCUGCUGUCGGAAAAUUUUCUAACAUGUUGAAGUUUGUUGUAAAAGAGGUUGAUCCAACCACGGGCGAUGCUGAGGAUGAUGGUGUGGAUGAUGAAUACCAGCUAGAGGACCUUGAGGUUGUUGCAACGGAUUAUGUAUUAAAAGUUGGGGUCUCUAAUUUCAGGAAUGCUUGGGAAAGCAUGGGCCUAGAUUAUGAGCGAGUGGAUGAAUAUGGUCUCGGUGCAAGGGAAAGCUUGGCAGAAGCCAUCAAUACGGUCAUAGGCCUUCUUGGCAUGCAGCCCUGUGACGGCAUAGAGGUGGUCCCACCAAACUCAAGAUCGCACACUUGCUUAUUGUCUGGUGUUUACAUGGGCAACUUAAAGGUUCUAGUUCGGCUCUCAUUCGGCAUUGACGGGCCAAAAGAAGUUGCAAUGAAACUUGCCGUUAGAUUCGAGGAUGAAUCUGUCAGCGAUGCUAUUCACGAAAUUGUAGCAAGUGGCUAGUUGGAUACUUGGGAGGGUUUUUUUUUUUCAGUCAACUAUACCGUAUUACGGUGUUUCCUUUUUUCUUUUGUGAAUGGGAUCGGAAAUUUAUGGGUGCCACAGACCCACCGAC